CGCUCGAGCCACCCAACCCAGCAAGACGGACACCCAGACAGGCAAGCAACGAAGCUCCCACUUUCCAUCUGUUCAACCUCCAACUCUAAUCCAAACGACGACCUUUUAUUUUCCGUUGCCGACGACGGAACUACGAGCGACUUGAAUCGUCUCGAACUUGAACUUCUAGCGAUACAGCCCUGUCGUGCUUCCCAUUGAAGCUGACGCAACCACUCUGGGACCUGAGCCUCGAUUCCAUCCAGCUUCAUCUGUCACCACUAAACUUACAACUACAACUCCAAGUUCAACCCCAACUUCACAUAAACCCACCGCAGCCAUGGGCUCAGAUCCUCAAUACGCGAAAUGGCCUCUUCUGCCCCUCGCCCAGCAUGUCUUCACCCUCACGAACCCAUACGCCUCAAAGCCCCUCCAGCAAUCCGCCGCCAAGGCCCUUCAGGAUGCCAUCACUGAGCACAAGAUGGCCCCCUUCUACAAGUACCUUGCACACCCCACAGAAGGCAUCUUGAAUUCCGUAGGGGAGGGUAGUUCAAAUGUGCCCGGAAAGGCCCCCAGCAGAAAGAACAGCGUCGCCGCCGGCAUGAUCAACACCAAGAACCCCACUUCGAGCAUAAACCUACCCUGGGAUGAGGUCCUGUACCAACAACUGCACGCCGAUAACGAGAAGGAGUUGGAGGAGUUUCAGAAGGAGGAGGAUGAGGCGGUUGAGAAGGCGGGCGAUACCGAGAUUCAGGCUGCGCGGGGCAAGAGGGCCGAGUUCUGGGCUCGGGUUGGUGACAAGGACAAAGCCAUCGCCGCCCACGAAGACAUCUUUGAGAAAAUCGGCGUCCUCGGCACCAAGAUCGACCUCGUCCUCGCGAUAAUCCGCAUGGGUCUCUUCUACGGCGACAAGCAGCUCGUCAAGAAGCAAGUCGCGCGGGCCAAGACCCUGGUCGAGACGGGUGGUGAUUGGGAUAGACGCAACAGACUUAAGGCGUAUGAAGGUCUGCACAAUCUCACGGUUCGCAGCUACAAUCUCGCCGCUCCCCUCCUCCUCGACUCCUUGUCUACUUUUACCUCGUACGAACUCUGCACCUACUCCAACCUGGUCGUCUACGCUGUCUUGGCCGGCUCCGUCUCUCUUAAGCGUGUGGACUUCAAGUCCAAGGUUGUCGACGCCCCAGAGAUCAAGGCUAUUCUUGGCGAUGGCGAGGACAAGCUCCUUGCUCUGUCGGGGGCUAUCUCUGCCGGUCCUGGUGUGGAUGCGGAGAUGCAAGAUGCUAGCAGUGCGCCCUCUGCGGCCAAGACUACCGUCGUCAAUCUUACCACCUUGGGAUCCAGCACUGAGCAGGCCGAGGCGGAGAUGUCUGUUGAUUUCGGGAGCUUGGCCCAGCUGGUUAGUUCCUUGUAUAACGGGCGGUAUAAGCUCUUCUUCCAGGCUCUGGCCCUGGUGGAGGAGCAGUUCCUUACGCAAGAUCGCUACCUUCAUGAGCACAAGAACUGGUUUGUGCGGGAGAUGCGGCUGAGGGCGUAUCAGCAGUUGCUGCAGAGUUAUAGGGUUGUGGGGUUGGACAGCAUGGCGAAUGACUUUGGGAUUACGGUGGACUUUUUGGAUCGUGACCUCGCCAAGUUCAUUGCCGCUGGCCGCAUUCCCUGCACGAUUGACCGUGUCAGUGGGCGUGGUGUGAUUGAGACGAACCGCCCAGAUGACAAGAAUAAACAGUAUCAGGAUGUGGUGCGCCAGGGUGAUCAGUUGAUCACCAAGCUGCAGAAGUAUGGGCAGGCGGUUAGGCUGAGGGGGAGUGAGAGAGCUUAGAAACUCGAGGGGGUGUGGUAGGAUGAGGAAAGUGAAUACUGGUUUAUGUAGUAGAUGUGGUAGAAGGGGCCUGGUCUAAUUAAUGUUGGGCUGGGUUAGUAAAGAGUUGUGUUAAGACAAUGGCAGCGUCAAUAUUGAUUCUUGAUC